GUCGUUUACAAACGACGAUACAAGCGAUACACACAAAGACAUUGUGUCGACACACGAAGAGUGUUCGAAGAAAGAAGUGAGCGAAACAUGUGCAUGCACGCUCCGCGCAGCGCAUCGUUAGUGUGAAGAGUAUAACGAAAAAACAGUGACUCUGUGUGUGCAGAAUCGCUAUUGUGUAUUUAUGCGUUUCGUUGAUCACAACGCGCGAAAAAUAUUAGAUAUUUUUGGACUCUGAACAUUGAACGCCGAACGCAACGCGUAAAAAAAAAAUGUUAUUUUUAUGCGAUAUUUUUAUGCGAUAUGAAUAAAAAUAUCCCAUGGUAAUCUCUGCUUUCGAUACAUACUGUGGUUUCAUUUUUUUCCCUAAAGCGUUGGAAAGGUGUAAUGAGGGCGAUUAUUAGCAGAAAAAACUAGAGUGAAGAACUUUGUUUAUUCUGCUUGUUCUUGUUAUUUUUCUGGAUGACAUCUGUUUCUAUAAAUUAUUUGGUUGUUAUCACAAAAUAACAAAAUUCAAGUCAAAAUGAUUGUUUCUGUUUGCAUUCUUGCAUAAAAACACCGUUUUUUCUUCAACCAUUGAGUUUUACUAUUGAUAACUGAGAUGCAUGAUUUCGACAUAUUUAUAACAUUUCUGGGAGUUUUGAAUAUUAAACAAAUGUGAAAACCAAAUAAAAACUGACAACUUCGAUUACUGUCUGAAUAUAUGGCAUUUUUAUCAGUAUUAGAGUUUAGCCUGCAAAGAGGUCACACAUGUUCUGUUUUUUGUAUCGAAUGAACAAACUCAAUUCUCGUGCCGAAAGCAAACACAUAACAUGGGAAAUAAAUUUAAAAAAAACAGUUCGGGGCGAUGUAAAAAUUACUUAGAAGAAUGCAAAAUAGACAAAUUGAAAUCUCUCUAAUUAUUUUUUUUUUUAAAUUGAUACCACAAGUUUUGUGUUCAUUUUCGGCACGAAAAUUGAGUAUGGAAAAGUUUUUUUUAUUUUAUAUCAGCUAUUUUGUAAUAGAAUUUGGCAAUAGAAUUAACAGUCAGUCUAUGUUCUUUCACAUAUUUGAUUAUCAAUGCGAUAAAUUUAAAAACUCAAUAAACAGUUCACUUUUCCGCAAAUAAAUUCAUUUUAUUUUAUAACAGCCUUUCUGAUCAUGAAAAUAGUAAACAGUACUUAGUACCUGGGGACUAAGUGCAAUGUGUCCUACUUUUAACGGUCGAACUAACACAGACGCGUGGUUGUUACAGCAAACUAUGUCCAUGAUUCUCUAAUUCUCCAACCAGUCUCCAGGUGCCAAUUUAUUUCUCUUGUUUGACGUGUUCUAUCUGUUUGUACAGACGAUCAGAGAGGCUGAUUUUAUAAAAAGGCUUAGUGAAUUGCUGGCAUCAUAUAAUGUCAUUGAUAUCAAGAUUUGCUAUAUGUCGAAGUUUAGCGCUAACUUGGGGAUGAAAUCGAGGCAAUUUGAAAAAAAAAUCGUUUCUUAGUGAAUUGUCGAGGCGAGUUUGACUUAUUUCAAAGCACUAGGGCGCUGUCGUCACUCGUGCCUACUAUCGCCGGUUAUGAUUAAAAUCGCAUCUGUAUUGACAUUGCAAAAAAGGGUGACACUGAAAAUGUUCAAUAAAUAGAACCACACUUCGUUAUAGGUUCUCAGUUAGAAUUAUCGCUCGGUUCGAGUUAGUCGUAUUACCAUUGAUCGGAAUAGACGUUAAGUUGGCAAAAUUCAAAUCUCUUUUAAUCAAAAUUGAUUCUUUAGCUGGUGAACAAUUGUUGACGGAAAAACCAUACAAUUUUUUUGGUUUUUAAAAUCAAAUUUAAUGCUGAUACUCAGAGAUUUUUAAAUUUUACAUACGAUUUUCUGAAUGUUUUUAAAAAUUUCCAACAAUCAGUUGAAAAUAGUGUAGAGUGAGUAAGACACUGUACCACCCUGUAGCCUUUAGCCAUUAAACUUGCUGUUUCAUUCGAACUGAUUAGAUAAUGAAGGUUUUGUCUAUAAACAAUUUUGUAUAAACUUCAAUGAGCUACUGCACAUUCGGCAAUUUGCUUGUUGUAUAUAUAGUUCAGUUAACUGGUGCGUUCGGUGUGAUCAACAUUUGAGCAUUGUCAAGUGAUAAAAUAAGAGAGAAAUAGAAGAAAGCAAAAAAAAAAACUACGAUGACAAAAAAUCUGGUUUGGUUUUUUGCUUAUUUGGCGGCAUUUGUGAUCAACUGUGUUGUGAGUCAAGUGGUAGUUAGUCGAACGGAAUACCAACCGACAUGGGAUUCACUAGAUACACGACCAUUACCGAAAUGGUAUGACCAGGCAAAAGUUGGCAUUUUUCUGCAUUGGGGCGUCUACUCUGUACCAACAUUUGGAUCUGAAUGGUUUUGGACGAAUUGGCGUAGUGAACGCAUUCCGUCUUAUGUGGACUACAUGACAAAGAACUUCAAACCGGGUUUUACUUACCAGGAGUUUGCGCCACAAUUUACUGCCGAACACUUUGAUCCCAACUAUUGGGCGACUCUAUUUGAACAAAGUGGAGCCAAAUAUGUGGUCUUGACGAGCAAACAUCACGAUGGAUACGCUCUUUGGCCAUCGAAAUACUCAUUCAGCUGGAAUUCAGUGGACGUUGGACCGCAUCGUGAUAUCAUUUCCGAUCUUGCCACUGCAAUUCGAAAUAAAACAUCACUCAAAUUCGGUCUCUACCAUAGUCUGUUUGAGUGGUUCAAUCCAAUGUAUUUAAGUGAUAAACAAAAGACAUUCAAUGAUAAUCUGUUUGUUGUGAACAAAGUAAUCCCUGAAAUGUUGGAGCUUAUAAAUACAUAUAAGCCAGAGGUGCUUUGGUCGGAUGGUGAUUGGGAAGCAAAGUACGAUUACUGGAAUGCAACGAGUUUCAUUGCAUGGUUGUACAAUGAGAGUCCAGUGCGCGACACAAUCGUUACAAAUGAUAGAUGGGGUAUUGGGACACUUUGUAAACACGGUGAUUUUAUUACAUGCUCAGAUCACUACAAUCCAGGCACACUGCAGAAGAAAAAAUAUGAAAAUGCCUUCACGAUCGAUAAAUUUAGCUGGGGAUAUCGGGCGAAUGCGCGACUUGAAGAUUUUAUGACCCAGGAACAAUUAAUCAAAGAAAUUGUGGUCACCGUAAGUACCGGUGGAAAUGUCCUGGUGAAUGUUGGCCCAACACAAAAUGGCUUGAUACAGCCGAUAUUCGUUGAACGUUUACUCCAAAUGGGAAGCUGGCUGAAGAUAAACGGCGAAGCGAUUUAUGAAAGUCAUCCGUGGAUUUAUCAAAAUGACACAAAAACACCGGAUGUUUGGUACACAAGCAAAUCAGCAGAUGCAGACCGUACGAUUGUGUAUGCGACUGUGUUGAAGUAUCCUUAUGAAUACGGUGAAAUAAGUCUUUACUCACUUGGUAGCCAAUCUGAGGUAGCUGAAGUUCGAAUGCUUGGUUUUCCUGGCGAGCUUGAAUGGUCUGGAUCAAAUGAAGCAAUGACUAUCCGAUUUCCGGAUAAAGCACAAAUUGAUAAAUUGGGUCUUCAUUCGGCAUGGACGAUUGCAAUUAAUAUACCGAGAAAAAUCUCAAACGAUUUGAUAUAAAUUCAAAAGACAGCGAAAAAAUUGCAUGAAAAACCUCUUUUAUGUCACAAACAAAGUACUUCUUCUGUCUGAGUGGAAAUGAUACGUUUUUCAGGAAAAAUAAAUUUUAUUCAAGAGAUAACACUCCUCAUUUUUUACGAAUGAUUGUGAAAGAAAAUUCAAUGUGGAACCAAAAUAGACUUUUGACUCGGAAAAAAAAAUUAAGAUGAAAUCGAUCGAUAAAAGACAGUCAAUUCUAAGAAAAAUUCAAACGUCAUUUCGACCGUUCUUCUUUUCCAUAUUGUUAUUUGCUUUAAUUGAAUUGUGUAUUUGCAAGAGUCUCCCAAUUUCUUUCAUUAAGGGGUUAAAAUUCGAACAAUAAACUUUUUUUUCAUCGAAAA